GACGCGGCACCGAGCCCCGUGGUUUGCGCGGAGCCCGAGGCGUGGGGGGAGAGCGCCCGGAGCUACCGGAGUCCCGCCGUGACCCCGACCUGCCGAAUUUCCCUGAGCUCCGAGAAGCGAGGGAAGCACCCCAAACAAGAGCAGGCUCGGAGCUUCCACCCCAGUGCAGCCUUCCCCUGGCGGUGGUGAAAGAGACUCGGGAGUCGCUGCUUCCCAAGUGCCCGCCGUGAGUGAGCUCUCGCCCCAGUCAGCCAAAUGCUCCUCUUCGGGCUUCUCCUGCUGAUAUGUGCCCUGGCCGGCCAGAGACACACGACUCAGGCUGAGUCCAACCUGAGUAGUAAAUUCCAGUUCUCCAACAACAAGGAACAGAACGGAGUACAAGAUCCCCAGCAUGAGAGACUUAUCACUGUGUCUACUAACGGAAGUAUUCACAGCCCAAAGUUUCCUCAUACUUAUCCAAGAAAUAUGGUCUUGGUAUGGAGAUUAGUAGCAGUAGAGGAAAAUGUAUGGAUACAACUUACAUUUGAUGAAAGAUUUGGGCUUGAAGAACCAGAAGAUGACAUAUGCAAGUAUGAUUUUGUAGAAGUUGAGGACCCCAGUGAUGGAACAGUAUUAGGGCGCUGGUGUGGUUCUGGGACUGUACCAGGAAAACAGAUUUCUAAAGGAAAUCAGAUCAGGAUAAGAUUUGUAUCUGAUGAAUAUUUCCCUUCUGAACCGGGGUUCUGCAUCCACUACAACAUUGUCAUGCCGCAAUUCACAGAAGCUGUGAGUCCUUCAGUGUUACCCCCUUCCGCUUUGCCACUGGACCAGCUUAAUAACGCUGUCACUGCCUUUAGUACCUUGGAAGAUCUUAUUCGGUAUCUUGAACCAGAUAGAUGGCAGUUGGACUUAGAAGAUCUAUAUAGGCCAGGUUGGCAACUUCUUGGCAAGGCUUUUGUUUUUGGAAGAAAAUCCAGAGUGGUGGAUCUGAACCUUCUAAAAGAGGAGGUAAGAUUGUACAGCUGCACACCUCGUAACUUCUCGGUGUCCAUAAGGGAAGAACUAAAGAGAACCGAUACUAUUUUCUGGCCAGGUUGUCUCCUGGUGAAACGCUGUGGUGGAAACUGUGCCUGUUGUCUCCACAAUUGCAAUGAGUGUCAAUGUGUCCCAAGCAAAGUUACUAAAAAAUAUCAUGAGGUCCUUCAGCUGAGACCAAAGAUCGGUGUCAGAGGAUUGCAUAAAUCUCUUACCGACGUGGCCCUGGAGCACCAUGAGGAGUGUGACUGUGUGUGCAGAGGGAACACAGGAGGAUAACGCAUCUCCCCACGCAGCCUUCUCCCAGAACAGUCCAGCUCAGCGGCUGCUUCUGUUAGAGAACUGAUGCGUUAUCGCCAUCCGUAAUCUCAGUUGUUUGCUUCAGGGACCUUUCAUCCUUCAGGAUUUACAGUGUGUUCUUAAAGAGGAGACACCAACCGGAUUUAGGAGUUGUGCAACAGCUCUCUUGAGGGGACGCCCAGAUGACAGGAGAAAAGGUCUCUGGGCGUGGAAAAAAUAUUAAAUGUUGUAGAUCACUAGCUAGUUACAGAGUUACCGUGCACUUACUCAGCUAGCUGUGUUCUAUGUUUCAGUUGUCUUGAUAUGACUUAGGUUAAUGUCAGUACAGGAAAACAAAAUGUGUGCAAGUGAGCACGUGAUUCUAUUGCCUUGCUUAUUAACUCUUCAGCUCCAUGUUCUGGGCCUAAAAUCACAGAAAUCUGGAAUUUUUUUCCUUAUAUUCACAUCUAUAAACAAUAGUGUUCUAUGGUCUACAAACUUGGUUUUAAAAAAAGAAACUGUGUUGCUAUAAAUCAAACUUGGGUCAUGCUGAUAAAAAAGACUGGAUUUUCCAUAUUUCUUAUAAAAAUUUCUACCAUUUAGAAGACAAGAACUACAUUCAGAGUUUGGAAGAGACAAACCUGAAAAGAAGAGUGGCCUUAUCUUCACUUUAUAAGUUGGUUUAUGUGUUUUAUUGUGUACAUUUUUAUAUUCUUCUUUUGACAUUAUAACUGUUUGCUUUUCUAAUCUUGUUAAAUAUAUCUAUUUUUACCAAAGGUAUUUAAUAUUCUUUUUUAUGACAACCUAGAUCAACUAUUUUUAGCUUGGCAAAUUUUUCUAAACAGAAUUGGUAUAAGCAGAGGAACACAGAUGAUAUAAAAUAUUGUUGUUCUGACAAAAACACACACAUUUCAUUCUUGUAUGGUGCUAGAGCUUAGAUGAAUCUGCAUUUUUAAAUACUGACAUGGGAAAUAAAUAGAAUUUGGUAAGUGGCAAAGGCUUUUCAAAAUAAAUAAGUUAUCAUAUCCGUGUCCACUCCUGUUAUUGAAGAUGCAAAGAAAAGGUGACGUUCGAGAGAACAGGCGUUCAGACCCAGUCAUUACUAACCCCCAGCCCUUACCGUGCGAAACGUGAGCCUAGCUCAGAGGAACAGGAAGCACCUUGGAAACAGAGACUUGACAGCGUGUGCUCUGCUGUCCUGGAGGAACACAUCCUAUUUAUUGUGAUGUUCUGGUUUUAUUCUCUUCAAAUUCCGUUCCACACACUUGUAUAAAUACAUGGAUAUUUUAAUGUACAGAAGUAUAUCCUUUAACCAAUUCACUUAUUGUACUCUUUGGCAAUUGAAAAGAAAAUCAGUAAAAUUCUUUGCUUGUAAAAUGCUUAAUAUUGUGCCUAGGUUAUGUGGUGGCUAUUUGAAUUAAAAAAUGUAUUAAAUCACCAAAUAAAAGAAUGUGGCUA